AUGGCUGUGGGAACAGUUCUCGUCACCGGUGGCACCGGCUACAUCGGCUCCUUCACGUCCCUCGCGCUGCUCGAGAACGGCUACGAAGUUGUGAUUGUCGACAACCUCUACAACUCGUCAAAGGUAGUCCUUGACCGCAUUGAGCUCAUCUGCGGGAAGCGCCCCGCCUUUUACGAGGUCGACGUGACAGACGAAGCAGGCCUCGACGAGGUCUUCGCUAAGCACCCCGAAAUCGACAGCGUCAUCCACUUCGCAGCGCUCAAGGCAGUCGGCGAGUCGGGCGAGAUCCCGCUCGAGUACUACAAUGUCAACGUGGGCGGUGGCAUCGCGCUGCUGCGGUCCAUGAAGAGGGCCAAUGUGCCCAACAUCGUCUUCUCGUCUUCGGCCACCGUCUACGGCGAUGCGACGCGCGUGCCCAACAUGAUCCCGAUCCCCGAAGAGUGCCCCAUUGGCCCCACCAACACAUACGGCCGCACAAAGGUCAUGAUCGAGACGGUAAUUACGGACCACGUCGAGGCGGAGCGGAACAGGUGCAAGAAGGCCGGCCAGCCAUACGAGCGGUGGAAUGGCGCGUUGCUGCGCUACUUCAACCCUUGCGGCGCGCACCCCAGCGGCAUCAUGGGCGAGGAUCCCCAGGGAGUCCCCUACAACCUCCUCCCCCUGCUCGGCAAGGUAGCGACUGGCGACCGGAAGAACCUGUUGGUGUUUGGCGAUGACUACGCGUCCAAAGACGGCACGGCGAUCCGCGACUACAUCCACGUGCUAGACCUUGCCAACGGCCACUUAGCCGCCCUCGACUACCUGCAAGAACACAAACCCGGCGUUCGGGCGUGGAACCUGGGGUCUGGCCGCGGGAGCACCGUGUUCGAGAUGAUCAAGGCAUUCAGCAAGGUCGUGGGCCACGACCUGCCGUAUACGGUGGUUGAGCGGAGACAGGGCGAUGUGCUGGACCUCACGGCCCGCCCGGCGCGUGCCAACGAGGAGCUCAAGUGGCGCACCAAGCUCACCCUGGAGAAUGCCUGCGCCGAUCUCUGGCGCUGGGUAGAGAACAACCCCCAGGGUUACCGGCAAGAUCCGCCGGCCGAGUUUGUCGAGGCCCUCAAGGCCAAGAAGACAUAAACCACCUCGGCGACGUCAGCGGCCAUCGGCAUUUGCUUUCCGCGGUUGGUUGCGUUGGAGUAAUAAGUUCCCUUCUUGGGUGUAUUACAGCUGCCUCUUUCUACAGACUUUUUUGAUUCAUGUUUAUAGACGUAAUGGAGACACGGGCUCCCGUUAUUAGA